AUGGUGCCUGCCUUACUGAUUCUCUUGGGGGCCAUGGAGACCCUGCAAACAGACUUAUUUCCUGGAAAAACAUUAUUACUUCUCCCACCUGUGAAUUUCACCAUUAAAGUUACUGGUUUAGCUCAAGUUCUUUUAUCUUGGGAACAAAAUCCUAAUCAAGGACAAACGAUUGCCACUGUCAAAUAUCAUGUGAAAAUAAAUACCCCACAAGAGGAGGAUUAUGAAACUCGGAACACUGAAAGCAAAUGUGAAACCAUCCUUCAUCAAGGCUUUUCAGCAAGUGUGCGUACCAUCCUGUGGAGAGACCAUUCCUUCCUGGCCAGUAGCUGGGUUUCUGCUGAACAUAAAGCCCCACCAGGAUUUCCUGGCACCUCAAUUGUGAAUUUAACUUGCACCACAAACACUGAAGCAGGUAAUUAUACAAACUUAAAGUCAUACCAAGUUUCUCUUCAUUGCACAUGGCUUGCUGGCAAGGAUGCCCCUGAGGACACACAGUAUUUCCUCUACUACAGGUAUGGCUCUUGGACAGAAGAAUGUCAAGAAUACAGCAAAGAUAUACUCAACAGAAAUACUGCAUGCUGGUUCCCAAGGACUUUCAUUCAUAGCAAAGCACGCAACAGGCUUGCAGUGCAUGUUAAUGGCUCGAGCAAGCAUGCUGCAGUCAAGCCCUUUGAUCAGCUGUUUGAUACACAAGCCAUUGAUCAACCAAAUACUCCAAUGAAUGUCACAGCAGAGAUUGAAGGAUCUCGUCUCUCCAUCCAAUGGGCAAAACCAGUUUCUGCCUUUCCAAUCCACUGCUUUGAUUAUGAAGUGAAAAUUUACAACAUGAAGGGUUAUAAUCAGGUGGAGAAGACAACAACCAACACAUUUGUCUCCACAACUGAUGGUGUCUCUAAGUACUUCAUUCAAGUGAGAGCAGCUGUGAGCCCUGCAUGCAGAACCAUAGGGCUAUGGAGCAAGUGGAGUCGACCUAUUUAUGUGGGAAAGGAGCAGAAGCCCAUCACCAAAUGGUUUCUCAUCAUACUUUCAGCAACCAUCUGCUUCAUGUUGUUAAUUUUCUUAUUCCUCUGCAGAAUAUAUCACAUAUGGACCAAGUUGUUUCCACCAGUUCCAGAACCAAAAAGUAAUAUCAAAGAUUUCAUUGUGACCACUAACUGUGAGAAAGCUGGUUCCAGAGAAACAGAAAUUGAAGCCAUGAGUUAUAUAGAAGAGCCCGUAUUUGAAAUCUUGGAAAAUUCUGUGUUUUGAUUGUCACUCUGGUACUCUCAAAUGAACUAACAUAUGUACCAGUGAUAAGAAAAGGGACUAAGGUUUCCUGGACAAGAGGUGUUCAGUUUAUGGAACACUCAAUUGAGCUGCAAGGCAAUACAUCCAGAUAUGUCCUGUUUCUCCUAAACAUGUGCAUGCUUGAUCAAAAAUCUCCUUGCUCACAGCCAGGGGAAUGAUUAAACUAAAUAUUCCUCCUCAGGCUAUACAGAACAUCACUUCCUCACACCUAUCAAUCUUUGCAGUUACAUAACUUACCUCAAACUUUUUGGCACAAGACAGCUUAUAAGACGAACAUCAAAUGCGCUUACUUCUGGCAGUGCCAGUUUGGAAGUUUACACUGACCUUGAACACCACCCUGCAUGUAUUUGGAAUUCAAAAACAUUAGCAAAAAUCAAGGCCUUCAGUAUCAUGGAGAAGAGAUUCUCCUGAGAAUGCAACUGGAAGGAAACCUGUGUGUCUAACCAUGAGGCUACCUACCAUGAACUGGAUCUCUUUGUGAUGAUACGGCAAACUUGUUGUGUAGAAAUUGCUAUUUAAGAGAACUGAGCUUCAGAAGUGGCUCAUUCUGAGUGACUUACUCUCACUAGCUUUGUCAUGGCAAAUCAGAAAAUUUGAACAUUUAAUGAGAAAUACCAUCAUCUGCAUGCUGAGGUCACAAUAUUGGCUUCCACUUGCAUGGGUUGGAGAGUCCUUCCUUUGGAGCCUUCCCAGCCACGGGAUCUAAAACUAAGUACUUGCUCUCCAAGACAUCCUUUGCAGUAAGGAUUUAGCCCCAUCUCUUUGUAUGGCUCUUGGAAUUUGUUCUGUGUAGCACAGAGGGUGUGUGGGAGACUAGAGGGUGAAGUUAAUGUUUGUCAACAGCUCGAUCACCUGAGCCUCAUUGAAAUGCUUCAGGCAUUAAGUUAUUUACGCAGGCUGGGUAAGAGUUCGAGUGGCAAAGAACAUCCUGAUUAAAAAUCUGAACGUUUUCACGGUGAGACUUGUAUGUGUCAGGACCAUCUGUUGAUGGAAUUAAUAAACCAUAGGUGCUAAUGUGUUAAAGAAAAAGUAGAUAUCUGGAAGCAAGAGCAGUAAUCUUUGAUGGCACAAGUAAAGGUGAAAAAUCUAAUUAGAA